AUGCAGCGAUCCAAGAGUCCAAGCAAGGCGAGACGGCCGAGUCAUACACGGCCAGGGAAUACCGUGUAUGACUUGACGCUGGACGCGACGUUCGAGUUUGAUGGCGGUUCAGGCUUUGGAGCCACGUUACCGUCGAAUAAACCCAUGCAGGCGGUGGAAGGAGCGCGAGCGGCAAUGAAGUCGCCUAUGGCUGGGAGCAGAGAUGCCGGACACAAGUUUACGUUCACGACAGCGGAAGAAUACACGUCACCCAAGAAGAUCCCGGUGUUUCCCGGUACUCUACACAGUCCAGAGAAGAAGAGCAAACCACAUCGAGCCAAACGCACAACACAGUCGCCGAAACGCACUCAAGUCACGUCUCCAGCGUCCAAACCCGCAGCUUCUACAUGGGAAGGCAAUGGCCGAGCCACCCGAGAGCCAUCUCCUCGACGCUUUCUCCGUGCAACGCUCGCCAAGUCUUUCGGUGACGAUGAAGAGGACAAAGCUGCCGCUAACCAGCGAGACCGAAGUCCGUCCAUGUUUAUUGGCCACCAUGACCCAGCGACCGGAGCGUCCAGUGUAAUGGUGGCCGACGCCGCUGCAGAAGCUGCUGCAGCGUCGGCGACUGCGUUCCUCAAGACUGGCGAAGACGCGAUCGCGUUCUUUGCACGCAAUGGCUCGGACAGUGAGAUCAAGUUCGUGCAUCUGAAUCGAGCCGGGACUGGCCUGGCAUUCCGGCCGUACGACCUUGUGGUGGUCGCUCAGGAUGACGUGACUCCGAACGAACACUUCACCAUGUCGUCCAGUGGACUUGUGCACGUCUGCGCUGGCAGUCCGUCCGAGUUUAUCGCUCUGGCUGAAUGGAUGCGCCAAUCGACGAUGUUUAACGUGCUGACGUCGCUGCGGUUCUUCAAGCAUUAUCUAGUGAACAAGGCGUUCUCACUAUGGGUCGCCAAUGUGCGGUACAAGCUCUAUUGUCGUCAGAGGAAGCGUUUGAGUGCGAAAUUGUUCUUGGCGAAGGAAAGCUUCUGCGUGCCUCUGCUUCAAGUCAAGAAAGUGAUGAGUACGGAGCUCAUGGGCGUCGUUCUGCUGGAUCUACGAGCUCAGAAGACGUACGAGAGCUCGGCGUUUGUCGAGUACCAGGGAACGAAACGAGCCGAGGGUUCCAAGCAGUUUGAACUGUGUAUUGAGAAGCUGCAGUCAAUUAUCCAGCGCGUGUGCUCGGACGUGAAAAACCUGACCAAGACAUCCACUUCGCAAGACGACUUCAUGUCCGAUAUGGCGUUGAGUGCCAUGGGAACAAGCCAGGAAAAGACCAAGUCCAUUGUAGCAGUCAAAGCCGAGCAGCAGCAGAGACGCAGACUGUUUCGUCGAGCCGCCGAGGAGGCUGGAAUGAUUGCAGAUUUCAUACGACUGAUCGACUGCAUCGCUGUUGAAAGUCUCGUGAUUCUAGCUAUCCAGAGUUGCGCAAAUUUUCUACAUGAACUGAACAAAGUGCCACGCAAGACUGGGCUCUUCGAGACGACCAUCUUCUUCGGAGAACAGUCGACUAUUUUCUCUCCUACCAGCGAGCAGAUCCAGCACAUUGUGAUAGCCAUGACAGACGACAUUGUGAGCACAGUUAACUCAGUCUCUCGUGUGUUGUAUCUCCGACCAUUUGCACCUUAUGUCGGCAACGCAGUGGCUGAUGCGCCACACGUAGGCUCAACGAUCACGAGCAGUGUGGCGUUCGGGCAGAUUCGCAAGGAAUUGGUAGCCAAAAUUGCAAGUGACUACGCGGAAGCUACGGAAUAUGUCAAGAUCUUUGACAAUGUGAGGCCGAUCUACGAGUACGACAAGGUGUGGGAUCUGGAAGAGUAUUCACAACGUGCACACACGGUCACUACGCUCAAGGCAGAUAUGUUACAGAUCAGUACGUGGGAAAAGGAGCUGGAGAAGAUGCGAGCUGGCCAGACUAUUGGUAUCUUACACGUGGAAAGCCGCAAGCUGAAGCAGACUUUGAUCCCGAUGACUACAGCCAAGCUGGACGCUAUGAAAGGGUUAGUGAAGGACUUGGCGCGUGCUCGAUGUAAGACUCAGUUGGGCGAGUACAAGCAGCGCAUUCAGUCAUUACUACAGCGACCACAGCAUUUGAAAGAGUUCGCUGGACAUGUGGAGCGUGUACAGAAUCUUAAGUCCAAGCAGAAGGCACUGGCGAAAAACACAAACGUGGUGGACGAGCUGUACCGCCUUCUGGGUACUUAUGGAGUGCGUAUUUCGUCGGAAGAUAUGGUGCAGUUAGAUGAUCUACGUAGUGUCCAGGAGAGCUAUAAAGAGGAGACGGAAGCUGUCGAUGCGUUCGUUGCAAGUCGAGUUGGGGAGAUGACGCAGCAGCUGGACGCCAACAUUCAGCGGCUUGAUGAACAAGUGCUUCAGCUACACAAUCAACUGCAAGGGGGCGUUUUCAUUGACGCUAGCCACUUCGAAGACCCCUCUGCUGUAAAGACUGAGUUAGACAGUGUGAAGCAGCGUCUUACUCAACUGGAUGAGCUCUCGAAGCAGUACACAGAGUACCAGUCGUUGUUCAACCUCACUCCGUUCAAGUAUCUCAAUCUACAGGCAACUCAAGAGUACUUUGGGACUGUGGAGUCGCUUUGGACGGCUGUGGACAAGUGGAACGAACUGUAUCAAGCAGCUAUGACAAGUCCGUUUGUUGAGGUGAAUGCAGAGGAGCUCUCGAAAGAUGUCGCGGUGGCCUUCAAGGACGCGUACGCUUUACACAAGAAGCUUAGCAACGACGUGACCGCUGUAUUGAAAGACCGUACAGCAGAGUUCAAGCUCAAAAUGCCUACCGUGCUCGAGUUAGGCAAUCCGGCUAUGAAAGAUCGUCACUGGGAGAAGAUCUUCAAGGCAUUACGACAACCUUGGUAUCCUGGCAUCCUGUUCACACUGGAGAACCUGGUAUCUUACGAUGUAUUGGACAUGAAAGACCUGGUGGGUGAGAUGUCGGCAGCAGCCUCGGGUGAGGCUCAGAUUGAGGCAUCGCUGCAGAAGAUCAAGCAUGGUUGGGACCAGAUGGAGUUCACGUGCGUGAGCCACCGUGACCAGAAUGACGUCUUCAUCCUUGGAAGCCUGGAGGAUAUUCUGAUGCUGCUUGAAGAUAACCAGGUGGGUCUUCAGACGAUGAUGGGGUCGCGGUUCAUCAUGGGCGUGAAAGAUGAAGUGGAGCGAUGGAGCAAGCGCUUGUCGUUGCUAUCAGAUACGCUGGACGAGUGGAUAUCAUGUCAGCGCAGCUGGAUGUACUUGGAAACCAUCUUCUGCGCUGAGGAUAUCCAGAAGCAGCUCCCUGUGGAGGCACAGAAGUUCGCUCUGGUCGACAAGAACUGGAGGACGACUAUGCUUCGAACUAAGCACAGCCCAAGUGUCAUUAGGUCGGUGGAGGGAGGUCCUGAGCUCUUAGACCAGUUCCGUAUGUCCAACAGAUUACUGGAAGAGAUCCAGAAAUCUCUCGAAGAUUACCUUGAGACCAAACGCAUGGCCUUCCCGCGGUUCUACUUCCUCUCAAACGACGAAUUACUGGAGAUCCUCUCGCAGACGCGUGAUCCGCGUGCAGUGCAACCACAUUUGGGCAAGUGUUUCGACGCCAUGAAGAGUGUACGCUUCGAUGACUCCCCUGGAUCUGGCAGCAAUGUAGUGAGCGCAAUGGUAAGCGGUGAAGGCGAGUUGGUUGUAUUCCCGAAGCAAGUGAUAGCAAAAGGUCCAGUGGAAACGUGGCUUACAGAGGUGGAGAAGGCGAUGCGUGCAAGUUUGUAUGAAGACGGAGUGAAGGCGUUGACGAACUACCCGAUAGAAGACGCUAUCGACCGCAAAGACUGGCUCUUCGGGUACUCAGCACAGGUGAUAAUUCUUGUUGACCAAGUCUUCUGGACGAGAAAUGUGACGGAGGCUAUUGCACAAGUGGAAAGCGGUAACGAUCCUCAGGCGGUCGGUGGCUUUCUACAGUUCAGCUUGAAGCAGAUCGACGGGAUGGUUCAACUCGUACGUGGAUCAUUGACGAAACUACAGCGUAUUCUUAUGGGCGCUAUCAUCACAAUCGAUGUGCACGCAAGAGAUGUGGUGCGUUCAUUAGCAGACAGCAACGUGUCAUCCCUGAGCGACUUUGAAUGGACUCGACAGCUGAGAUACUAUUGGGAAGACGAUGUCAAGAACUUCGUGGCUCGACAGACCAACACUCGAUUUAUCUAUGGCUACGAGUAUCUUGGCAACUCACCACGACUUGUGAUCACUCCUCUGACGGAUAUUUGCUACAUGACGCUCACUGGUGCGUUGCACCUACGCCUCGGUGGUGCUCCUGCUGGUCCAGCAGGUACAGGGAAGACAGAAACCACCAAAGAUCUGGCAAAGGCGCUGGCAGUGCAGUGUGUCGUUUUCAAUUGUUCGGAUGGUUUGGAUUAUAAAAUUAUGGGAAGAUUCUUCUCUGGUCUCGCACAGGCUGGCGCAUGGGCGUGCUUUGACGAGUUUAACCGUAUUGACAUCGAGGUGUUAUCUGUGAUUGCUCAGCAAGUUCUCUGUAUUCAACAAGCUAUUGUUGCUGACGUGGACGAGUUCGAAUUCGAGGGCAAUCUCAUCAGACUUAAUACUGGUUUUGGCGUCUUUAUUACGAUGAAUCCUGGCUACGCUGGUCGUACAGAACUACCUGAUAACUUGAAGGCGCUCUUCCGUCCUGUUGCGAUGAUGGUGCCGGAUUAUCGACUCAUUGCUGAGAUUGUGCUCUUCUCCGAGGGUUUUGCAAAUGCCUUGCCACUCUCGCACAAGAUGACGCAGCUUUACUCUUUAUCUAGUGAACAAUUGUCCAAACAAGACCAUUACGACUUUGGAAUGCGUGCAGUUAAGUCCGUGCUGGUUGCUGCUGGUCAGUUGAAGCGCAAGGAGCCAGAGAUGCACGAGGAUUUGCUUCUCAUUCGAGCGAUGCGAGACAGUAACGUGCCCAAGUUUUUGGAGCAGGAUCUCCCGUUAUUCCGAGGUAUUAUUGCAGAUCUCUUUCCCGGUGUUGUGGUUCCAUUUGUAGACUAUGGAUUGCUCCAGAAAGCCAUCGAGCAACAGUUAGACUUACUACACUUGCAACAAGUGCCGUCAUUUAUCACGAAGGCCAUCCAAGUGCACGAAACGCAGCUCGUACGUCACGGAAUGAUGCUGGUUGGUGAAGCUGGAAGUGGAAAAAGUACCAAUUGCUACGUGCUAUCGAGAGCGCUAACGCAACUCUAUCAGGAUGGAGUUGUUGAUCGUGAUGGGUUUUAUAAAGAAGUCCAGCGGUUAAUUCUCAACCCCAAGUCUAUAUCGGCAGGACAGCUAUACGGUGAGUUCAAUCUGCUCACUAAUGAAUGGACGGACGGUCUUGUACCGAAGUUAGUCCGACAGUGCGUACAGGAAGCUGCUGAGUCGGACAACCGUAACUGGGUGAUCUUCGACGGUCCCGUUGACGCUGUUUGGAUUGAGAACAUGAAUACUGUGCUGGACGACAACAAGACGCUGUGUUUGUCUAAUAGUGAGCGUAUCAAGCUACCACAUACCUUGCAUAUGAUGUUUGAAGUGCAGGAUCUCCGUGUAGCUUCGCCCGCUACUGUGAGUCGUUGCGGUAUGGUGUACAUGGAGCAAGUUCACGUGGGUAUGACCUCACUAGCGCGAACUUGGAAAGUCACAACACUGGAGCCGAUCAUGCCGACGUAUCCCGAGUUGUGUGAUAUGUUGCUGCUCCUAAUUGAGACUUAUGUCCCCGUUGCAAUCGCAUUUGUGCGUGAACACUGUCGCGAGAAAGUUCCCAGCAACAACCACAAUUUAAUGCAGAGCUGUUUGAAUCUAUUGGCCUCUUGUUUGGCCAGCGGUGCACUCCAGAAUACCGGCGCGAAUAAUUUAGCCGGUGUGAUACGCAUGUACUUCGUAUUCGCUGUUACAUGGUCUGUUGGAGCGAAUAUCGACGAUGCAUCGCGUCCCAAGUUCAAUGACUUUUGUAUGAGCCAGUUCCAUUCAUUGAUCGACAGUAACCAGGACGGCGAUCCGGUGUCUAAUGUCUAUGAAGUGGUAGUCGACGAUACGACAGGUCAAUGGGUCUCGUGGAUCGACAAGACGCCAACGUUUACCUUCGUUCCUGGAGCUUCGUACUUCACGAUGGUUGUGCCCACACAAGACACGACACGGUUCCGAUAUCUUCUUGAAAAACUCAUGCUCGCAGACCAUCACGUGCUCUACAGUGGAGAGACUGGCGUUGGAAAGUCGGUCAUUGUUCAGUCAUUCUUGGACGAUAUGGCCAAGACGGAUAGUUGCAUUGCGUACACAAUAAGUUAUUCAGCACAGACGAAGCUUCGCAAUUUGAACGAAAUGUUCGAGUUAAGGCUGGACAAGAAGCGUAAGAAUCUGCUGGGACCGCCCGUGGGAAAGCGCAUGUUGUUCUUUCUAGAUGAUCUAAACAUGCCGGCACUCGAGAUUUACGGCGCGCAACCUCCAAACGAGUUGCUGCGGCAAGUUAUUGAUCAAGGAGGAUACUAUGAUACAGCGAAAAUGUUCUUCAAAAACGUAAAAGACGUGGUCUUCGCUGCUGCUUGUGCUCCUCCUGGAGGUGGACGCAGUGAGGUGACACCGCGUUUAAUACGCCAUUUCCACAUGGUUUGGAUUCCUAAUCUAUCGGGUGAGGUUAUGCAGCGUAUCUUCUCGUCCAUUUUGGGAGGCUUUCUUGGUGCUGAGUUACCAGCAAUGGCUCACAUGGCUGCACCUAUCGUAAGCGCUUCCGUGCAGCUCUACCAACGCGUGGAACUGGAGAUGUUACCUACGCCGUCCAAGUCCCAUUAUACGUUUAAUCUUCGUGAUCUUUCCAAGGUUUUCCAGGGUGUAUUGAUGGUGAAGAAGGAGAAUGUACCAACGGAAGAUGGACUGCUAACGCUUUGGUUGCAUGAAGAAGCGCGGGUAUUCCGUGAUCGUCUAGUUGAUGCAGAAGAUCGCGCUUGGUUUAACUUGGCCUGCUCCCAACUGAUCGAGGAGAAACUCAAUGUAUCAUGGCCACCUUCACGCUUCGAGAACAUUUUAUAUGGCGACUACUUAACACGUGAGAACCGCAGCUAUCGACCUGUUGAAGAUCUUGGACAACUGAACUCGCUGCUCUCGGAAUAUUUGGAAGAAUACAACAUCACAUUCCCAAGCCAGAUGCACUUGGUGUUCUUUAACGACGCGAUGCACCACAUUUCUCGGAUCUGUCGUGUGCUACGCCAACCGCGUGGUAAUGCUCUACUGGUCGGUGUUGGUGGCUCAGGACGGCAAAGUCUUACACGUUUGGCAUCGUUCAUGGCGGACUAUAAAUGCUUCUCGAUUGAGAUUACGCGAGGAUACGGAGCUAAUGAGUUCCAUGAAGAUCUCAAAAAGAUCCUGAUGACUGCAGGUGCUCAGAAUCAACCUGUCGUCUUCCUGUUCUCUGACGCUCAGAUCGUUAAUGAAUCAUUUCUUGAAGACAUUAACAAUAUUCUCAACACUGGUGAAGUACCGAAUCUGUACGCGAGUGACGAAGUGGAGAAAAUCGUGGGACUUGUUCGUCCAUUGGCGCAACAAGUUGGUAAAGUUACUCGAGAGGACAUCUUGCAGUAUUACGUGACGCUUGUACGUGACAACUUGCACGUGGUAUUGGCCUUUUCUCCUAUCGGUGCAGGCUUCCGCAACCGAUGUCGUAUGUUCCCGUCGCUAGUUAACUGCUGCACCAUUGACUGGUUCAAUGCGUGGCCUGAAGAUGCUCUUAACUCGGUAGCGAACCGCUUCUUUGCCACGAACGCUGAGGAGCUCGGAAUCGAGGCCCAUGUAGACACAUUGUGUCGUAUGGCAGUGACAAUACACCGCAGUGUUGAGGAAGCCACACUUCGGUUUUACACCCAGCUAAAGCGACGUAACUACACCACGCCGACGAGUUACUUGGAGCUCAUUCGACUCUAUGUGGAUAUGUUGCGUACCCAUCGCCAGCUUGUUCGUGCGAAGGAAGCGCGAUACCGUGGUGGUCUACAAAAGCUGACAGAAACUGAAGAGGUUGUGGGCAAUUUGAAGAGCUCACUUACAGAGCUACAGCCAGUGUUAGUGCAAGCUCAAAAGGACACGUCAUUGCUGCUUGAACAAGUGGCGAGAGAUCAAGCUGAAGCGGACAAGCAACAACAGUUAAUUCAGGCUGAUGUUGAGGCUGCUAACAAGAUCGCGGACGAAGUGAAGGUGAUCAAAGAUGACUGUCAGAAGGAUUUGGAUGAAGCCAUGCCUGCGUAUUAUGCGUCGAUCAAGGCAUUAUCACAAUUGAAGAAAGAUGAUAUCACGGUGCUCAAGACAUUUACGAACCCACCAAGACUAGUGGGUGUGACGAUGAAUGCUGUGUGUCUGCUGUUCGGUGCAAAACAGGAAUGGAAUGAGGCCAAGAAGUUACUGAACGAUAUGAAGUUCCUGGAUAAGCUGAAGGAGUUCGAUAAGGACAAUAUUCCCCCCAAGACCAUCCGACAGCUGCAGAAAUUCAUCUCGGAUGAAGAGUUUACGCCCGAGACGCUUAGUAGCAUUUCCACCGCUGCUACGUCGCUUUGUAUGUGGGUACGAGCGAUGUACACGUACGAUACAGUGGCCAAAAACAUCGCUCCGAAGAAGGAGAACCUCAAGAUCGCUGAACAGAGGCUAGAAGAGGAACAAAAGCAGCUCGAUAUCAAGCAAAGCGGGCUGAACGCAGUACUCAAGAAAGUCGCGGAUUUGAAACGUACCCUUGAAGAAGCGCAGCAGAAGAAGAUCGACUUGGAGAUGCAGUCGCAGAAGACCCAGGCACAGCUCGUACGUGCUGAGCGGUUGAUUGAUUCACUUGGUGAGGAACAAGGUCGCUGGAAAGAAUGUGCUGAGAAUUUAGCAAAGGAUAUGAUCAACCUGGUGGGCGAUAUGAUCCUAUCUGCUGGAUGCAUUGCGUACCUUGGACCGUUUACUUCUGAAUACCGCCACGAGCUUCAGGCCAAGUGGGUCUCAUUCUGUAAAGCUAGUAAUUUACCAGUGGAUGGUAAUUUUUCCUUCCAGCGAGUACUAGCAGAUCCUGUCGUGGUACGUGAGUGGAACAUCAUGGGGCUGCCAGCAGAUACCUUUUCUAUCGAGAACGGCCUGUUCACUACCAUGGGACGGCGAUGGCCGCUCAUGAUCGAUCCACAGGGUCAAGCUAACAAAUGGAUCAAAAACAUGUACAAAGCGUCAGGUUCGCUACAGAUCAUCAAACUGUCACAGAAGGAUUUCUUGCGUACAUUGGAGAACGCGAUUCGAUACGGCUCGCCCGUGAUGCUUGAGAACGUGGAAGAAGAUCUGGAUCCGUCGCUCGAACCCGUGCUGCUUAAACAAGUUUUCAAGCGAGGUGGACAGAAUCUUCUCCAUCUAGGAGAUAGUGAUGUCCCGUACAGCGACAACUUCCGUUUCUACAUUACCACAAAGCUGGCGAAUCCGCACUACAUGCCUGAGAUCUGCAUCAAGGUGACGAUUAUCAACUUCACGGUCACACUUACGGGACUCGAGGAUCAGUUGUUGGUUGAUGUCGUUCGAAGUGAGCGACCAGAUCUUGAACAGAAGAAGAACGAGCUUACGGUGAACAUCGCUGCGGACAAGAAACAGUUGAAAGAGAUCGAGGAUAAAAUCUUGUACAUGCUCGAGAAUUCCAAGGGAAAUAUUCUAGACGAUGAAGAGCUGAUCGACACGCUGGCCCACAGUAAAGUGACGUCGUCGGCGAUUAAAACUCGUAUGGCAGAGGCUGAAACCACGUCCAUGGAGAUCGACCAGACACGCGAAGGGUAUCGCUGCGUAGCUGUGCGUGGCUCCAUCAUUUACUUUGCCAUCGCAAACCUGGCACUUGUGGAUCCCAUGUACCAAUACUCGCUGCAAUUCUACCAGAAGCUUUUCGUCAUGCGGCUACAAAACUCGACCAAGUCGGAAGUGCUGGAGGAACGUCUGGAGAUUCUCAUGCAGGAUAUCACCAUGUCCAUGUUCGUGAAUGUUUGUCGCGGGUUGUUCGAGAAAGACAAGAUUAUCUACGCGUUUAUGAUCGCCUCGAGCAUCCUGUUGCAUCGCGGUGCGAUCUCUUCCAGCGAAUGGAACUUCUAUCUGGUCGGUGAUAAGAGAAGCUCGGCCAUCCAAGCCGCACAAGCUGAAUCCUGUGAACUUACACGCCCUGCGUGGCUGUCUGAUCGGGUGUGGAAAACUAUCGUCGGGAUGAAGGACAUCUCGUCCGCGUUCACGGAUCUGGCGUCGUCGGUUGGACAACACGCAGCAGACUGGAAAUGCGCAAUGGUGUUGGCCGACUUACCGCAUGCGGAAAUUCUACCGGCGCCCUGGGAAUCAACACUCACCAACUUCCAGAAGUUGCUGGUGCUACGUGUCUUCAGAGAAGAGAUGCUUGUAUUCGGUACUCGCGAGUUCGUUGGACGUGAGCUGGGCAAGUUUUUCACGGAGUCUCCGCCAUUCGACUUGGGUGGUUGCUAUCGAGACUCAAAGCCAGAGACGCCAUUGAUCUUUGUGCUGUCUCCUGGCGCCGAUAUCAACGAUUACCUCUUGGAACUCGCUAAGCAAGAAGGAAAGGACGGCUCCGGCCUGAAGAUUAUCUCGCUAGGUCAGGGCCAAGGACCAAUUGCUGAAGCGCUCAUGAAGCAAGCCAAGCAAACAGGCGACUGGGUGUGUCUACAGAACUGUCAUUUGGCUGUUUCGUGGCUUGGUCGACUUGAGCAGAUCCUGGAGCAAUCAGCGACGGAAGAGAUGCAUGACGAGUUCCGGCUGUGGCUCACGAGUAUGCCGAGUCCACGUUUCCCCGUGCCAAUCCUGCAGAACGGGAUCAAGAUCACGAAUGAGCCUCCAAAAGGAAUCAAGGCGAAUCUUGGACGUACGUUCCUCGAUAUGAAGGAGGUCGACUACGAAGGCUGCACGAAGCCGCGCGAGUUCAAAAAGUUGUUGUUCGCUCUGGCGUUCUACAACGCUGUGUGUCUUGAGCGCCGGAAGUUUGGCGCCGUUGGGUGGAAUAUUCCGUACGAGUGGAUGAACAGUGACUUGAAGACAGGUAUGCAGCAGGUGCGACUGUAUCUCGAGGAACAGGAAGAGGUACCGUAUCUGACACUGAACGUCAUGGUGGCCGACAUUUCGUACGGCGGGCGAAUCACGGAUCGCUGGGACAAGCGCACUAACUCCAGUAUCAUGCGGAAGCUCUUCUGUUCCGGCGUCAUGGAUGAUUCGUAUCGUUUCACGACUUCCGGGUUAUACUAUGCUCCGCCCGAAGGUUCACUGGCUAGCGUUCGUGAGUACGUGAGCUCGUUACCAACUGCCGACGCGCCGGACAUCUUCGGUCUUCACGCCAAUGCCGACAUUACGUUCCAGCAAAAAGAAACUGGCCAACUGCUGGGCACAAUCCUAAAGAUGCUUGGUGGAGGUGGUGAUAGUGGCGGCGGUGGUGCUGCACAGAGCAACGAUAGUAUCGUGAUGGAGAUGGUGGUGGCAAUUCAGGAACGAAUGCCCGAGCCAUUUAUGGAGAGCAAUGCGCAUCCAUCGACGUUCGCAGAGGCUGCAGGCGGCAGUCGGAAUUCGCUGGGUGUUUUCCUCUCGCAGGAGAUGAUCCGCUUCAACGUGCUGACUCAGGUGAUGAAAACGACGCUGGAGAUGCUCAAGCGUGCGAUUAAGGGGCUCGUAGUCAUGUCAGGUCCUCUUGAGAAGAUGUACAAUGGUUUUUUGAUACAGCAAAUUCCGAGUGAAUGGGAGAACGCUGGCUACCCGUGCUUGAAGCCCUUAGCCUCUUGGAUUGAAGACUUCUUCAUGCGAAUCAAUCUCACAAACGACUGGCUGAUAAAGGGUCCACCGCUUGCGUUCUGGCUGUCGGGUUUCUUCUUCCCUCAAGGCUUCAUGACAGCUGUGAAGCAGUCGUUCUCGAGAGAUAAGCAAAUUGCUAUCGAUGCACUGGUUGUAUCAUGCGAGAUUAUGGCUCACGACAAAGAGCAGUAUAAAGCUCCACCGCCAUUUGGUGUGUACAUCUUCGGGCUCUUCAUGGAGGGCGCACGAUAUGACCGCAAGACCCGCAUGAUGGCCGAGUCCAUCCCCAACGAGCUGUUCGACCGCAUGCCUGUCAUCUGGCUCAAGCCCAUGCGACGAGAAGAGUACAAACCCACUGACGUGUACGAGUGUCCACUCUACAAAACGUCCAUCCGCGCCGGCACAUUAUCCACCACAGGUCACUCCACCAACUUCGUCGUCGCACUCGACGUCCCGACAGACAAAAGCCCCGACCACUGGAUUCGUCGCGGUUGUGCGAUGCUGUGCAUGCUAGACACAUAG